AUGGCCUCCGCAGGCCUUACGAGUCCCAGAGACUCUGUUAACUCGGUCUCAAGCAUACGCUCAGGCAGUCGUCACCAGCUUAAGCGAUCCAUUACCGAGCUCGCGUCACCCGUGAAGCUCAACCGUCGGAAGGAGAAGGAACGCGAUCGAUAUAACGAGGACCGCGCUUCUCAUGCACACCACAUUUCUAUCUCGCAUCCUCUAUCUCCAAACUCGAUACACCAAGGCAGAGUAUCAGUCGAUAUCAUGCCGCGAUCGGAGGGCGUAACACCGUAUAUGAGCCCCGACCAGAGUCGGAGGCCGAGCUUAAUGCUCUCGAGAGAAGAGGAAAAUAAGAUUGCCAGCGCUUUUGUGCCGGUAGAACCAAGGCCGAGCAAAGAAAAGAUCCAGGAAGAAAAGGCCAAGACGUCCUUGCAGGUCGAGGGCUUGAAGCACUCGCUGGUCGAACUAGGUACUUUUUCUACAUCAACAGCCCGCCGACUCGACGAAACAUACUAUGCCGUACUUGAAAAGAUGUCCACCCUUCAAUCGACCGUUGCUGCCUUGAAGGAGUUAGCUGAGGAGUCUCAGAGCAUACACCGAAAUUUUGAGAAGGACGCCUGCGAGAUUGAAAGCGACAUCACGUCACAGAUCGCCGCGAUGGGCGAGUUCAAGGAGCAUCAAGAGAACAUCGAAUCACUCACCACCCGUGUCCAAGAUGGCCGUGCCAGGAUCCGCGCUCUGAGCGACCGAGUCGACAUUGUCCGGGAACAAGUCGAGCUCUGGGAGCGUCACGAUAAGGAGUCCCAAGACAAGACACGGCUACGGCUGAGGGCCAUAAUGAUCUGUAUCACGGUUGUGUUCUUGGCUGUGGUGAUCUUGUUCUUUGGCGCGCAGUAUGUAUCACUGAACAGUACGCGAGCGGGUAGCUCAGGGACGCCUCGAGUUGCAGAAUCCUUCAUCGAGUCGCAUAAAGAAGCAGGACAUACAGCACUACCUCGCCACAGGCUCGAGAGGAGCGAUUCGCCAUAUUUGAAGAAGAAGCCGGCACAUACGCCAAAGCAUAGAGGGGAGGAGCUCCGUGCUUUUGAUGAGCUGUAA